AUGUGGCAGCAGGGAAAGUAUAGGUACCCUUGUAAAACAACAACCAAAUAUGCUAAUUUUUACCCUUCAGUGAAGCAUUCCCUGAGAUAUUUCCGUACUGCUACCUACGGAGUCCCAGGCUUUCCAGAGUUUGUUGGGGAUGCAACAGUAAAUGAAGUUCAGGUGGGAUAUUAUGACAGCAACAUCAAGACCGCCAAGCCCAAACAAGACUGGAUGAUGGAACUGUUUGAAAAGGAUCCCAACCACCUGGAGUGGUAUUCUAAGAAGUGUCUUCGAAGUCAACAUUUAUUGAGAGCAGACGUGAAUGGCUUGAAGCAACGUUUAAACCUCACUGAAGGUCCCUACAUUUUGCAGAGAAUGAAUGGCUGUGAGUGGGAUGAGGAGACUGGAGAAAUUACAGGAUAUGAGCUGUAUGGUUAUAAUGGGGAAGACUUCUUAGCCCUGGACCUGAAGACCCUGACAUGGAUUGCUCCCAAACCACAAGCUGUACUCACAAAACUCACAUGGGACACCAUGAAAGCUAGAUUAGAACAGUAUAAACAUUUUUACAACUAUAUAUGUCCCGACUGGUUAAAGAAAUAUCUUCAUUAUGGGAGGAGCUUUCUGCAGAAGAAAGAAAGACCCUCUGUGUCUCUGCUCCAGAGGACUCCCACCUCUAUGUUGACCUGCCAUGCUACAGGUUUCUACCCCGAAACUGCUGACAUUUUCUGGAGAAGAGAUGGAAAAGAGAUUCAUGAGGGUGUGGAGAAAGGAGAGAUCCUUGCAAACAAUGAUGGAACCUUCCAGAUGAGUGUUGAGUUCAAUGUUUCAUCUGUCCAGCCUGAAGACUGGAAUAGAUAUGACUGUGUGUUUAAGUUCUCUGGUUUUAACGACAACAUCAUUGUCAAAUUGGAUAAAUCCACAAUCCGUACAAAUUGGGCUUCUCCUUCAGAGUUUCCAGUCGCUCAUGUUGCCGGAGGUGUUGGAGGAUUAAUUCUUAUUGGAAUUGCUGGAAUCUUUUUUUGGGUUAGGAGAAAUAAUGCAAUAAUCCUGUGAACAGGAUGAGACAACAGCAUGAGAAGCCAACAACGACAAGGAACCAGCCAAGAGUGACAGCAGAGGGAGAGCAUUUAUGGCUGACUGAAACAAAGGCUGGGCUAACGAGCUGAUAAGGAGCAGGUGUGAGAAGAGACAACGAGGAAGCCGAGGGGAAAGGACCACACACAAGAGGGCAACAGAGAACAACAAAGAAAAACCUGAGCACUAAAAUAAAUCUAGAAAAUACUACAAAAUAGAAAACAUGGAGCAAACUAAUCUACUUGAUCUAAUAAACU